GGCGGCGGCGGCGCUGAUCCUCCUGGCGGGACGUGGUUCCCGGCUUCUUGCCACGCCGGGACCGUGCGGGCUCGCGGUCCUCCCCGGCAGGAUGCGCGUGGCCGUGGCUGGCUGCUGCCACGGCGAGCUGGACAAAAUCUACGAGACCCUGGCGCUGGCGGAGCGGCGGGGCCCGGGGCCCGUGGAGCUGCUGCUGUGCUGCGGCGACUUCCAGGCGGUGCGCAACGAGGCCGACCUGCGCUGCAUGGCCGUGCCGCCCAAGUACCGCCACAUGCAGACCUUCUACAGGUAUUACUCCGGAGAGAAGAAGGCGCCGGUCCUCACAAUCUUCGUCGGGGGAAACCACGAGGCCUCCAAUCAUUUACAGGAGUUACCUUAUGGUGGCUGGGUAGCACCAAACAUUUAUUAUUUAGGUUUGGCUGGUGUUGUGAAAUACCGAGGUGUAAGAAUUGGUGGAAUCUCUGGUAUCUUUAAAUCUCACGACUAUCGAAAAGGUCAUUUUGAGAGCCCGCCAUAUAAUUCAGCUACAAUAAGGAGUAUAUAUCAUGUGAGAAAUAUAGAAGUCUAUAAAUUAAAACAGCUGAAGCAGCCCAUGGACAUCUUCCUGUCCCACGACUGGCCGAGAAGCAUCUACCACUACGGCAAUAAGAAGCAGCUUCUGAAGACGAAGUCCUUCUUCCGACAGGAAGUGGAGAACAACACGUUAGGAAGUCCCGCUGCUUCCGAGCUUCUCGAGCACUUCAGGCCCACAUACUGGUUUUCUGCGCACCUUCACGUGAAGUUUGCAGCCUUGAUGCAGCACCAGGUCAAGGAUAAGGAACAGACUGCCAAAUCAACCAAAUUUUUAGCCUUGGACAAAUGCUUGCCACACAGGGAUUUUCUUCAGGUAAUAGAAGUAGAACAUGAGCCUGGCGCGCCUGCCUACCUGCAGUACGACGUUGAAUGGCUCUCUGUUCUCAGGGCCACGAACGAGCUUAUGAACGUGACCGGGCGUCUGUGGAACAUGCCCGAGAAUAAUGGCUUGCAUGCCAGGUGGGAUUACAGCGCAACGGAGGAAUCGAUGAAGGAAGUCCUAGAGAGGCUGAAUCAUGACCUCAGGGUGCCCUGUAACUUCACCGUGACGGCUCCUUGCUAUGACCCUGGGAAGCCACAGGCCCAGGUGCCCUUGAUGCACAGGAUCAGUCCUCAGACCACCGAGUUUUGCGCCCAGCUUGGCAUCACAGACAUCAACGUCAGGCUGCAGAGUGCCCGGGAGGAGCAGUGGUGUGCGGACGACGGCGGGCAGGACGGCGUGCAGAGUGACUCCGGAGAGGAACGCAGCGAGUACAACACGGACACGUCCGCCCUGUCCUCCAUCAACCCCGAUGAAAUCAUGCUGGACGAUGACGAGGAGGACGAAGACAGCAUCAUGAGUGCGCGCAGCGACGGCAACGCCCCGUCCAUGGAACCUUCCGACCCGGCGUCUGACUUUUCCGCCAGCUUCUCUGAUGUCAGGAGCUUGCCGGGUUCCAUGAUCGUGUCUUCCGAUGACACACCGGACUCUCCGCUUGACAGGGAGGGGACGCCUGGCGAGGCCCCGGAGCUGGGGGAUGGGAGGGACUUGACCCAGGGACCCCCGAAGAGGCUGAGCGACGAGCACGAGCCUGAACAGAGAAAGCGGAUUAAGAGGCGCAACCAGGCCAUCUAUGCCGCCGUGGAGGACGAGGACGCGAUGUGAGGGAUCCUGGGUAGCCGCGGGGUUCUGGAGACCAGAUUUGUAAAGUUGUAUUUUUGACUCAAGACUUUGUAAUAAUGAAGUAUGUAAGAAAAUCUUAGGUAUUCGCCUUGUUUUUAGAACUUUGUAUGUUGGAGAGGGGAGGCAUUAAAAUCUAUUUACUUAAUUGGG